AAAGAUAAGCAUCUUUAGUUUUCAAUUCAUGGUUAAUAAUAAUUAAGGAUGUUGUAUAAUUUAUCAUGCUACAAUUAUUCAAUCAUUUUUAUUAUAUUGAUCCUAUAAUUUUAUUUCAGAUCCACGAAAGCGAUAUCAAAUACACUACAAAUGAAACUUGACACUUUCCGGGCGCCAAUUUGAAUGCCAUUGAUAAUUAUCAGUGGAUUUAAAUUUAAUAAUUUAAAAAUGGCUGAAAGUCAUUGCGAGUCGCGAAGCGACGAGAUAAAUCCUGUCGCAACAGUGCAAGGACAUCCAUCAUGCAAUUCCAUUCGACAGAUUGGUUAUGUACCGUGUACUCCACCGCCGUCGUACCAUAAUAUUAAUUUACCUCCAGGACAUCCGGCGAAUUUAAUCAGCGACCGCGGAGCUCCACCGUCUUAUGAAGAAGUCAUAGAUCGCAAUGCUCCACCACCUUCAUAUGAUUCAUUAUUCGGACGUAUGAGAGAAGCUCACAAAACAUCAAAAGGCGUGUUUGAUUUUUUACUAAACAUAGUAGUUCUCCUUUUAGGAACAAUUGGCUGUACAAUAAUAAUUGGCGUGACAAUAGUAGUACCAGUUUGUAUGAUGAUAAUCGGAGCAGUAUAUCUGUACGACUGUCCACAAGGCGAGUACAUUCCAGUGUACUUACUAGUCGGCGGGGGCUUCGGUGUAUUUAAGCAGCUAUUAUAUCUAUCAGCACGUGUUCGUCAGCGGCCAGAGGACAGGGACGAGGAGAGAAUACGCCAAUCACCGACCUUAACGCUAAUUAAUUGCUUUACACUCGGAUGGUUUAUUAUCGGGUCAAUGUGGGUUUACAAGGAAUACGAACCAAACUAUGAUCCAUCACUGGGCAAAUACUGCAAUAAAACCCUAUAUUUAUUCGCAUUCUGGCUAAUAACCCUAGUGUACAUAUUCUUGGGAGUAAUAACCGCUGGGUUAUGUUGCAUUUCAAUUGCAACAAUUAUUUUCCAAAGACGACCACCAGAUCGUCUAGUCGCCAUGUGAAAUACCGUUAUUCCUAUUUCGUUGAUAAGAGUUAAUUAACGCACAAUUUAAUAAUUGACAAUUAAUUAAUUAAUUAAUUAAUUAAUUAAUUAAUUAAUUAAUUAAUUAACGUGCCAUCGGUUUUAUUUAAAUCACUAAAUAAACUAAAAUAUCGUUUAAAAUUACGACAUGAUAAUUCAUGGACGGGCUGUGGAUAUUUUUGUUAUUUUUUAAUCGGAUAUUCUUGUGCCAACUCGCGAUAUUUAUUGUAUUAAUUACAUCGACGCAAUUAAUAUUACUGUAUUUUUAGUUUAAAUACUCAUUAGUUUUUUUUAAAUCAACGUAGAAGACUGUAAGAAACAUUUAUUAUUUUCCG